CUAGCACUUAAACGUCAUUUUUCUCCUCAUCUGUCAUCCAUUAAAAAUUAUUGCACUUCUAGCAAAAUCUCAAGUACCACUUUUUUUCAUCGUUCGUUUUCGUUUCACAGCUGCAAAAGCGACGAAGCUUUUAACCAAAUUCUAAAAAAAAGUAGAACAAACAUGUCACUGCGAUUGAUUACUCUCGCUGCCAUGCGACAGGCAGCUGCUGCCGUCCCAAAGAACGCUCAAGUCGGCAGCGUUGCCUCCAUUCACACAAUGGACAAAAUUGGCAAACGUGAAAUCGUCGGCUACGGCUGGAACGGUUCUGCCAACUACCGUGACCGUGUCGACUAUCCAAUGCCCGCUAUCCGCUUCAGGGAGCCAAACAAUGAGAUCUUGGCUCUGCGCAAGAAGGAACUGGGUGACUGGAAGAAGUUGUCGAUUGAGGAGAAGCGUGCUUUGUAUCGUGCUUCCUUCUGUCAGACUUUCGCUGAAUUGAAAGCCGGCACUGGCGAGUGGAAGAUGCACAUUGGCUUUGCCUUGAUGGCUGCCUCCGUUGGUAUUUGGGUGUGCAUCUUGAUGAAUUUGUUUGUCUAUGAUGAACUACCAAUUACAUUCGAUGAGGAACAUCAAAAGGCCCAAUUGAAGCGUAUGCUCGAUUUGGAAAUGAAUCCCGUUUUGGGUGUUUCAUCCAAAUGGGACUACGAGAAGAAGCAAUGGAAGUAAAUUUUGCAGUUGCAAUUGGUGUAUUUCUGUGUAAAGUUAAUUUAGAUUUUAGGAUUAAAGAAAAAUAAACCUAAAACCAACCACAUCCGAAA